AUGGUUCGGAACUAUAAACGAAAAACAGAUCGUGGCAAAUGGGACCCUGAAGACAUGAAGAGAGCUGUAAAUGCAAUUCUUAAUAACAAGAUGGGGUUUCUUCGAGCCUCAGCUACAUUUGAUGUUCCGAAGUCGACCUUAGAACGCCGAGUAAGAAAAGCUCGUGAUACUGUGGAUGACGACACUGAUUCCGGUAACGACUGCGGGAAAAAGCAUUUGGGUCGAUUUAAAACUGUUUUUACAGCAGAACAAGAAGAUGAGUUGGCGCAAUAUGUGAAAUCUAUGGAAGCACGGCUUUUUGGAUUAACAGGAAAAGAACUUCGUGUAAUAGCUUAUCAGUUGGCUCAGCGAAAUCAUAUAGAUAACCCAUUUAAUAAAGAAACUGGUAUGGCAGGAGAAGAUUGGCUCAGCGGGUUUUUAAAACGCCAUCCAGACCUCGCGUACAGACGCCCUGAGCCGACAUCAGCCGCAAGAGCUAUGGCCUUUAACAGAGUAGCAGUUGAUCAAUUUUUUUCAUUGUUGGAAAAUGUAGUGGAUAAACAUAAGCUUACGCCUGAAAGGAUUUACAAUGUAGACGAAACGGGGAUCAGUACUGUUCCAAAAAGUCAUUCUAAGAUAUUGUCCUUGAGGGGCCAGAAGCAAGUCGGUUGCCUCUCAUCAGCAGAGAGAGGCCAGUUGGUUACGGCUGAAAUCUGUUUCAACGCUGCUGGAACGUAUGUCCCACCCAUGUUAAUAUAUGCUCGGAAGCGGAUGCGAGAUGAUCUUUUGGAUGACGCUCCGCCAGGGUUUUGGGGAACUUGUAGUGACAACGGCUGGAUCACAUCAAAUAUAUUUUUUGAUUGGUUUAAAACAUUUGUGCAGUUCACACAACCUACAAAAGAAAAACCUGUGUUGCUUCUGUUGGACGGACAUGCGUCACAUACAAAAAAUAUUGACCUAAUAGAUUAUGCCAAGAGAAAAUAA